CGGCGGGCCGCGGGAGAGGAGGUAAUCAGUCGCCGUGGGUCGUGUGCGGAGCUUCGUGCAACGUCGAUGCUGCUCCGCGUGAUUCGCGUCCGUUGCGCGUCGCUUAUUGUCACGUAGCGUCAGCAGCAGCAGCAGCAGCAACAGCAGCGUUCGGCGACUCCAGCGGGUACGCGCCAUACGCGCGCAGGAACAUGAUCGAUCCGGGAACGCGUGGUAAGGUGGUUCCGCGACUAAUCCGGGUCGAGUAGCGACCGUCGUUCGGUGGUGCCUAGCGCCGAAGCGCCGAGGCUUUUGCUCGAAUUUAAAGUGCCUGCGUGCGUGCGUGCGUGCGUGAUUACGUGCGUGCGUACGUGCGUGCCACCCAGCCUGCAGCGGCUAGAUAGCGUCGGAAGUAGCAGACGGCGUGCCCCCGUGAUCAUCUCCGAAUCAUCAUGGGAUCGAGAAACAACGAGAAUCGCGGCUCCCUUGGGAAUCACCGUUGCUCCCAAGAUAUGGCUUGUGAUCGCGCCGAGACCGACUUUGAGUUUGCAGUGCCGCCGGAAGCACCGGUGUUCGAGCCGACCAACGAGGAGUUUCACGAUCCUCUCGCCUACAUCGCCAAGAUACGGCCAAUCGCCGAGAGAUCCGGCAUCUGCAAGAUCAAACCGCCACCCAAUUGGCAGCCACCAUUUGCCGUAGAUGUGGACAAGUUUAAAUUUGUUCCGAGAAUACAAAGGUUAAACGAAUUAGAAGCCAAGACCAGGAUAAAGCUUAAUUUUUUAGAUCAAAUUGCAAAGUUCUGGGAACUUCAAGGUUCCUCCUUGAAAAUUCCGCUUGUAGAACGUAAAGCACUGGACUUGUAUUCCUUACAUAAAAUAGUCACAGACGAAGGCGGCAUAGAAACUGUGACUAAGGAAAGAAGAUGGGCCAAAAUUGCCAAUAAACUGGGUUACCCAUCUGGACGAAGUGUAGGCAGUAUAUUGAAAAAUCACUAUGAGAGAAUUUUAUAUCCCUUUGACGUUUUCAAGCAAGGAAAGACAUUAUCAGAUAUUAAAAUUGAGCCAGACUCGGACGCGAAUGAGAAGAGGGAUCGCGAUUAUAAGCCACAUGGCAUAAUAUCUCGACAGCAAAUUAAACCGCCGAAUGAAAAAUUCUCACGACGAUCUAAGCGAUUUUCCGGGCAAGAAGAAAAACAAGAUGUAUCGAUUAAACAGGAAGACUGUAAGGAGGAAUGCGACUCGGACAAUGAGUGCAAGGAAAAAAUUAAAAGCAGAUAUUUCAGUUGCGAUACGGAUAAGAGCAAAGAACUUAAGAAGUUACAAUUUUACGGACCAGGCCCAAAAAUGGCCGGCUUUAAUACCAAAGAGGCAAAGAAAUCUAACAAAACGCGUGGCUUGAAACUCGUUUAUGACUUUGAUCCUUUGGCAAAAUAUAUUUGCCACAAUUGCGGGAGAGGCGACAAUGAAGAAAGUAUGCUGUUGUGUGAUGGUUGUGAUGACAGCUAUCACACGUUUUGCCUUAUGCCGCCAUUGACAGAAAUACCAAAGGGUGAUUGGCGAUGUCCCAAGUGCGUCGCCGAAGAGGUCUCGAAGCCGAUGGAGGCAUUCGGUUUCGAACAAGCGCAGAGGGAAUACACGCUGCAGCAAUUCGGUGAAAUGGCCGAUCAAUUCAAGAGUGACUACUUUAAUAUGCCUGUGCAUAUGGUUCCAACGUCACUAGUGGAAAAAGAAUUUUGGCGAAUAGUCUCGUCCAUCGACGAAGAUGUAACCGUCGAAUACGGCGCCGAUUUGCAUACGAUGGAUCAUGGUUCCGGAUUUCCGACAAAGACCAGCGUUAAUUUGUUCACUUGCGAUCAAGAGUAUGCCGAAUCUUCAUGGAAUUUAAAUAAUUUGCCCGUUUUACGUGGAAGCAUUCUCGGCCACAUUAAUGCUGAUAUUAGUGGUAUGAAAGUUCCUUGGAUGUAUGUCGGCAUGUGCUUCGCGACAUUCUGUUGGCAUAAUGAGGAUCAUUGGAGCUAUUCCAUUAAUUAUCUGCAUUGGGGCGAACCAAAGACAUGGUAUGGCGUACCGGGUUCUCAGGCGGAACGCUUCGAGCAUUCUAUGAAGUCCGCCGCUCCGGAGCUGUUUCACAGCCAACCCGAUCUGCUGCAUCAACUUGUUACCAUCAUGAACCCAAAUAUAUUGACAAGUGAGGGAGUACCGGUCUUUAGAACAGAUCAACACGCGGGUGAAUUUGUCGUGACAUUUCCAAGAGCGUACCACGCAGGUUUUAAUCAGGGUUACAAUUUUGCAGAGGCUGUCAACUUUGCACCUGCAGAUUGGCUUAAGAUUGGACGAGACUGCAUUACGCAUUAUUCCAAUUUAAGAAGAUUCUGUGUGUUUUCCCAUGACGAGCUAGUUUGUAAAAUGUCAUUGGAUCCAGAUUCGUUGGAUAUCGGAGUCGCAACCGCCACUUAUCACGACAUGUUGCAAAUGGUGGAGGAUGAGAAAAAAUUGCGGAAAAACUUGUUGGAAUGGGGUGUGACAGAGGCGGAACGCGAGGCUUUCGAGCUUCUACCAGAUGACGAGAGACAGUGCGAAGCAUGCAAGACUACCUGUUUUUUGAGUGCGGUCACAUGUUCGUGCCACAGCUCGCAGUUAGUUUGUCUAAGACACUUUGCUGAUUUGUGCACCUGUCCGCCAGAGAAGCAUACGUUACGUUAUCGGUAUACACUAGACGAAUUGCCGAUCAUGCUGCAAAAGUUAAAAUUGAAAGCCGAGUCGUUUGACUCGUGGGUGGCCAAAGUGAAAGAGGCGAUGGAUCCGAAAAAUGACAAGAUUGAAUUAAACGAGCUGAAGGAACUUCUGAACGAAGCCGAGAGCAAAAAGUUCCCCGACAGCGAAUUAUUGACGGCUUUAACGACCGCGGUGCAAGACGCCGAGAAAUGCGCGAGUGUUGCGCAACAGCUAUUAAACAACAAGCAACGUACAAGGACUAGGCAAACAGUUGAUACCAAGUAUAAACUUACUGUGGAAGAAUUAACACUUUUCUACAAAGAAAUAACCAAUCUGUGCUGUGAACUUAAGGAAUCAGAUGGUGUAAAGUUUAUACUCGAUCAAGUAUUACAAUUUCAAAAGGAUGCGGCGGAAUUGGAGUCUAAAGAAGAUUGUAACAUUGAGAAAUUGGACAAGUGCAUUGAUUUUGGUGACUCUAUCUGCAUUGAAUUACCUCAACUAGUACGAUUGAAACAAAGAUUGGCACAAAUGCAAUGGCUGGAAGAAGUAAAAUCCCUCCAAGACGACCCGAAAUCUGUUAGUCGCGAAGAGGUGGCCAAGUUAAUUGAAAAAGGCAUGACGAUACCGCCUCAUGUCAGUAUCGAAAAUACAUUAUCAGAAUUACACGCGUUAACGAAAGCGAUUGACAAGUGGGAAGAGAAGGCCAAGAUGUUUCUUAGCACCAAAAAUAGACGAACCAUCGCAGCUGUGGAGGAGUUUAUUCGCGAGGCAGAUGAAGUUGAGGCGUAUUUGCCGAGUUUGGAUACUCUUCAAGAUACGUUGAACAAAGCGAAGAAUUGGACGAAAUUAAUCGACGAUAUACGAGCGAGAGAGAACUUUCCGUAUUACGAUACCUUGGACGAUUUGUUGAGAAAGGGAAGAAAUAUCCCUUUGCAUCUAAAUGAUCUUCCGACGAUAGAAUCUACCCUCUCGCAGGCGAAAGCCUGGAAAGAGAGGACUGCGAGAACGUUUUUGAGAAAAAACUCGCACUAUACGUUGAUGGAAGCUCUGUCGCCGCGAAUCGGCGUCGGCGUACAGGCGAUGAAAACCAAAAAGAACAAAGGCGACGAAUCUGUAGGCGCCGUUUGUGUCUGUGAUACAAAAUUGGACGACUCCAGCAGCUCGGCGAAUGUGGUAGCUGCCUUCAAGCUUGCGGAACAGCGCGAAAUGGAGGCAAUGAGAAGCUUGAGAGAGAGAAAUUUAAUGAAGAUGAAAGCGGAAGCGGAAGAUUCCAAGUAUUGCGUUUGUCGGCGGCCGAGAUUCGGUAUUAUGCUCCAAUGCGAGCUUUGCAAGGAUUGGUUCCACACAAACUGUGUGCCUUGGCCCAAGACAUCGUACAAAGGUAAACCACCAGGGCCGAGAGAUAUGAAAUUUUUGUGUCCGUGCUGUCUACGUUCUCGACGACCUCGUCUCGAAACUAUAUUGGCUCUCUUAGUGAGUCUUCAAAAAAUUCCGAUUCGAUUGCCGGAAGGAGAAGCGUUGCAGUGCCUAACGGAACGCGCGAUGAAUUGGCAGGAUCGAGCGAGGAAAGCAUUAUCUACCGACGAGGUCUCCUCGAUACUGGCGAAACUUUCUGUAAUGUCGCAAAAGUUAGUAGAAGCUGCGGCUAGGGAGAAAACGGAAAAGAUUAUCAGCAGCGAGUUGAAAAAGGCAGCGAACAAUCCUGAACUGCAUCAAAGAGUGCAGGCUAUCGCACCUCUCAGCGGAGUGCAUUCGGACGAUAGCACGCUUAGUACUGCUGAUGACGAUGACGAUGUUGUUGCCCUGGAUGACGAACCAACAUGUAGUACUUUCAAUAGUAAUGAACACGCAUAUUCAUACAUCUCGAAAAUUCGGCGGAAAACUCAAUCGAGCGACGGUGAGUCACUUGGCACGUUAUCUUCAAGCACGAGAUCGCGUUUGGAGGAACUUAUGAUGGAAGGUGACCUCUUGGAAGUCGCGUUGGACGAAACACAGCACAUCUGGCGUAUAUUGAGCUACAUGAAUACUCAUAACACCAUGCGGAAAUACAAGUCGCUCGAGGAGGUCCAAGCGAAUAUCAAUCAAGAGAUGAAGGAUGUGAAGAAACGGGGUAGGAAGAGGAAAUCGGAAGAAUUUGAAUUACUUAAGAAAAUCGGACGGCAAAAAGCUGAAGAGAAAAACGUGGUUAAACGUAGCAGAAGUGGCGGUCCUGUCACUAAGGAAAAGGGACAGAGCAGUUCACCGAUUCCUGUGAAGCGUGGACCUCGAAAGAUGAAACGUAAGAGCGAGGGCGAAGAGGGCCCUAGGAAGCGAGGCGGUAAUCGCACAAAGAAGACCAAGCAAGAAAGUUCGGACGAAGAAGACGACUGCGCGGCGGUUAACUGCUUACGGCCUAGUGGUAAGGAAGUUGAUUGGGUUCAGUGUGACGGUGGCUGCGAAGGUUGGUUCCAUAUGCAUUGUGUUGGAUUGGAUCGCACAGAAAUUGCGGAGGAAGAUGAUUAUAUUUGUAGCAACUGUAAAGAAGCCGAUCAAAGUGCAUCGUCGAGAUCCGCGCCAGAUUCGGCUGAAUCAUUAGGCCUGGAUGCACUUCUUUCCCUUUCUCAGCCCCAGGAGUACCAUGGCAGCACCACCGACACGGAAGCGGGUGUCUAGGAAAACGACAUUCCUCCUCCUAGGAUUCACUAGCCCACUUCGUGUCGUCUGCUAGCUCCGUACGAGGCUCCGGGGCGUUUACGAUAGCGACUCUCGAUCUAUCGACUCGCAAUGCAAACGUUAACGUUAAUGAUUGUUUCUCACCAAACUAUUGCAGAUCGUGCAUUGUUCAAAUGUAGUUUACGAGCGAGCAAACUUAAGAUGCAAAGUAUUAUAACAUAGUUGAGUUGCGAUACAGCGAUACAUGGUGAAUAUUUCUUAUUAACUGUGGCUUUCAUUUGUAUCUGCGAAGGUCAUACUUUUAGAUGCUAGAAGCAUCGCUAGUCAAUCAUCGAUCUGCAUUUAUACAUCGAUCUAUGGAAUUUUCACAAGUAGGGUGAACGUAAGAACGCUGCACAAUGCAUGUCAGAAAAUUAUUUUUGUGCUUCCACAAACGUACAUAUAUAUAAUGCGCGCGCGUGCGCGUCUUGAAAUUCAAUGAUACGAAAAUAUAAAGAUGUCCGUUUUAUCUUAAUCCGCACGACUGUGAAAGUAUUCAUCUAUAUUUCCGUCUAUGUCUAUGUUUCGUUAGAUUGUUUUUUACGAAAAUUAUCGAUUUCAUUUCACACCGACAGCGGACGAAUCACGGAUGAACCGUGAUGUACGCCUUUAUAAUUUUGUAAUCGAUUUGUCUGUAGAGAAGAAUUUUAUUUCCAUUUUUUUUUUUUUUUUUUUUUUAAUCUUGUGUAUACGCGCCUUUCACUAUGGAUGAUAAGAAAUAGUUUCUACGCGAGAUAAUUAACGAUCUGCGACCACGAGAUUGCAUCAUUUGCAGCAAUCUUAACAACACGGUCUAUAAUGCGUCGUGUUACCUUAACUAUUAAGAUUACUACCCUGAAAUGAGGAUACGUUACAAGCCGAUUAACCCGAACGAUACGAAUGAUACGCUGCGAGAAUGUUCUCGAUACAGCAAUGAUUUAAUUUUUUGCAACCGAUUGUUUCUGGAAUACAAUGUUGCAUUACCACGGCGAGGUAUCGGUCGAUUGUUUUUAUCGGCUUUUAAAACGUUUGUUAGGCGCACAAAGCGACAAGCGAGGAUUUCUUUCCUUUGCGCCGAUCAUAUGUACAGAAUAGACUGAGAGAUGUGUGUAUUACGAUUAGAUUAUACAUAGGCUAUUAGAAUAUAUCAGAACAUAGAAUAAACACAUAAGCUAUAGUUUGUAUAAAAUAAAAGGAAACAAUUGAGACAAGCAGA